GUUAGGUCUUAUCACGGUCGACUUGGCGCAAUCAUUGCACAACUCGCCAGUUGAAAAAAAAAUCAUCGAUAAUUGGGAGUUCGUGGAAAAAAACGGGGAAAACAGUGUUUAUAAGUGAAAUUAGUAUAGUAAGCUUCGAGUAGGUUCGGAUACACGUCUUUUUCUGUCGAUAAAAUGGGAAACUGCCACACCGUUGGACCAAACGAGGCCCUUGUGGUUUCAGGUGGCUGCUGUGGCUCAGACCAUAAGACAUAUGUGGUGGGAGGCUGGGCUUGGGCCUGGUGGCUCAUCUCUGACAUCCAGAGGAUAACGCUUGAGAUUAUGACCCUGCAGCCCAAGUGUGAGGAUGUAGAGACAGCGGAGGGUGUAGCUCUUACUGUCACUGGGGUGGCUCAGGUGAAAGUGAUGACAGAGAACGAGCUGCUGGGUUACGCCUGCGAACAGUUCCUGGGGAAGUCAGUGGUGGAGAUCAAGAGUGUGAUCCUGCAGACCCUCGAGGGUCACCUGCGUGCCAUCCUUGGUACCCUCACUGUUGAGCAGAUUUACCAGGACAGAGAUAAGUUUGCUUCUCUGGUGCGAGAGGUGGCAUCACCGGAUGUCGGCCGCAUGGGAAUCGAGAUCCUCAGCUUCACCAUCAAGGAUGUGUAUGAUAAAGUGGACUACCUGAGUUCACUGGGCAAAACGCAGACAGCCGCAGUACAGAGGGAUGCAGACAUCGGAGUGGCAGAGGCAGAGAGAGACGCUGGCAUCAGGGAAGCCGAGUGCAAGAGAGAAAUGAUGGAUGUCAAGUUCUUAGCCGACACAAAGAUGGCCGACUCCAAACGAGAGCUAGAAAUGCAGAAAGCGUCCUUCAAUCAGGAAGUGAACACGAAGAAAGCAGAGGCUCAGCUGGCGUACGAGCUGCAGGCGGCCAAGGAGCAGCAGAAGAUCCGUCUGGAGGAGAUUGAAAUCGAGGUGGUGCAGAGGAAGAAGCAGAUCAUCAUCGAGGAUAAGGAGAUCACCCGCACGGAAAAGGAGCUCACCGCCACGGUGAAGAGACCCGCAGAGGCCGAGGCUUACAAGGUGCAGCAGCUGGCUGAGGGACGCAAGAUAAAGGCGGUGCUGACGGCGCAGGCAGAGGCCGACAAGAUCCGCCUCAUCGGUGAAGCAGAGGCCUCUUCCAUUGAAGUCAUUGGAAAGGCGGAGGCUUUGAGGAUGAAGCUGAAGGCUGAAGCCUACCAGCAGUACGGAGAGGCUGCCAAGACAGCCCUGGUGCUGGAGGCUCUGCCCAUGAUUGCCAGUGCGGUGGCUGCGCCGCUUGCUAGGACCGGCGAGAUUGUCAUCCUGAGUGGAGAGGGCAGCCGUGUGACCGGAGAGCUGAACCGGCUGUUAGCUGAACUCCCCGUCUCCGUCAACGCCCUCACCGGGGUGGAUCUGACUAAGAUCCCGAUGCUGCAGAAGUUGAUGAACCCGCAGAGCCAAACCGCCAUCUGAGGAAUCAGGCCAGAGACUCCCAACCUUCUGACAUUUAUCUGCCUCAAGCAUGAAAAGAGUUUUGUCAGCCUCUGACCCCUUAUGCAACUGCCUUUUGACCAGAAACACUUGACACCAACCAAGAGUUUUUUUUAAAUAUUUUUAAGAGGUUAUUAAUUUUCUAAAGAAUACAACAAAAAGCUGGGGCCUUAACUUCUAUAGGACCAGACUAUGUAUCUUCUUUUGUUUUUGAUUUUAGUUUUUAGACAUGUUGAUUAUUAUCACACUGCACUAGAUAGCUAGGAUUAUAUGCUGCAAUCCUGUUCAGUCCUACAAGUCCUCCGAAACAGAUGCUUUUAAAGGAGACAUGGAUGUGACUUGACCCACUUUCAAUGUGGUGGAUUUAAACAUUAUUUUAACAAGGAGAAAAUCCACAGUUUCAGUAGUAGGUGAAAGAAAGAGUCCACAACUUUAAGGCCAAAUCUGAAUAUUGUCUUCUUGGAGUGCUCUACUUCCCAGUCGGAUGUUUUCAUCCUCAUUCAGUGAAUUAGCUAGUAGUAGACUGAGCCCGCUGUGGAAUAGGCAGCUUUAAUUCCCUCUUUUGCUUUUAAAACUAGUAUUUUUUCUAGAUAAUUAACUCUUACACAGAGAGAAUUGAUGGAUUACCAAACCUCUUACAUUUAAUGGUCGCUAGAUCUCCACCCACUGUGAUUGUAAUAUUUUUGCAGUCAUAUUUGGAUCACUUGUAUGAUAAUUCUUACCUUGCGUCAUGUUGCCCGUCUCCUCUUUCCGAUGUACAGUGCCUGUUCACCACUCAAGUGCCCAAACCUUAGGACGGUGGUUUGGCUUUAGUUGGGUUUAUAUCAGAGUAUAUCACUGUGUUAUAUGAUGUUUUAAUAUUGCUCCCUGUUCUCAUAACAUCUGCUUUUACUAACUACUGUCUACUUUCGCGUAUUUGUAUACAGAUUUAACACAAAGCCAUACUUAGAGAAGACUAGCCUUAAGACAUGACCCUGGAGUCUGAGCUUUAAAUCAUUUUAUUUUGUAGUUUCCCCGAAUGUCACGUUUUGUAACUCUAAACAGUGACCCCUCGCCUCUAUGUUGCCUCUGUGUCGCUUAUCUGACUUAAGUGUCAUGAAGUUGGAAGAUAAGCAUGUGAUCAGUAAACACGCUAAUGGGGUUUGUGCUCGGGCAGUUUGGUAAAUGUAAUGUCGAGCAGACAGGGUAAUGGAAAUUUUUUGCAAAUUAAACUUUUUUCCCUUUCUAAUAAGGUUAAUCUAAUUCCUCCAUAUAGUCUGUUACAAUAAUUUUAAUGCUAAAUUGUGAAAUGCCUAAAUGUUUCAGUGUUUCAUCAUCACUCGAAGCACAGUGUGCACCCAGUUUCCACCUCUAGAUGGCAGGAGAGUCUCAGGAUUAGUGAGCCAGUUGUUGCUGCCUGUACGUUUUAACCUUUUAUUUUUUAUAUCACACUGCAUUUUAUUUGUGCCAUCUUUCAAUCAGCUUGCAAGUAAAUAAGGCUAACCUUUUUUUUUUUACGUGUUUUGCUUCUGAUUAAUCACAUCAUGAAUGAUGAUGAACCACUUGACAGAAUCUGUGACAAUUUGUUAUGUUUUGUUUUGCCACUGACGGUUUAAAAGUUAUUAUAGUCACGCCAUUUUCUUCAUUUUCUGUGAAUAAACAUGAGGCUUGUGGCUUGUUUGGUCUGAGAACAUGUCUGUUUUUGAACUCUGCCUGGUUCUCAUGUGUUUCUGCAACUACUUUCCCUGCUGUAAAUGUUGGUAAAACGCUGCCUGGCUUACCGUAGAUAUUAUAAUAUUAAAGUGUCGGUGUGUAAACUCUGUACCGUCAUUUCUAUUAGCUAUUAGCUUUUAGCAAGCGAUAAGCAGGAUCUAAUAUCCAUAAACCUGACCAAGAUCACCUGAUCAUACUGUCCCAUUUCCAAACUGCAGCCAGACGUUUACAGCAAAAUAUCAUUUUAUAACCUGCUUCAAUAUAGGUAAUAAACAUAUUGUCAUCUUUAUUUUUUAAUACAUGUAUGGGAAGUCAUGCAGAAAGUCUGACAUUCUGAGUGGCCACUCCCAUUUUGUCUUUAUAUAUUUUAGUUUAUUAAAAACUGUGUUUGUUGGGCAAAGGUUAAAGCAUCCAAAUUAACAACUUUAUCAUUAUAUGUAACGCUUAUUUCAUUAAGAAAGUACAUUUUUGUUUCUGUACACAGUGCUUUUGUUAAAUAAUGAAGAGGUCAUUCAUACUUAAAUGAGCAGUUUGUUCGCUAUUUAUCAUAAACUGUAGAUUUGUAAUGGGAUAUUCUAUUGUGAAUUUACUGUAAAAACAAACGUAUGUAUUAUGCAUAUAUGAUGUUCAGCUGUUUCUACCUUUCUGUUUUAUGUACUUUUCAACAUUCUGUACUGCAAAUGUACAAAGGAACACAGAUAUGUAUCUAGUUAGAUGAUACAUAUACAUUUAGUAUUUACCAGAUAAUGUUUUGGCCAUUAUAUCGUGUGCCAACAUUUAUAAUUUCUUUAUCUAAUCAGAAUAGUCAAAUUUCUGUUGCCGAGUGGCAUUUUAGAGGAGGAUGUGGUGAAAGACCAAACCCUAAAAGACCUACGCCUUAACUCUUCAUCUGACACACGUCCGUCUGUCGUCUGUAAAUCAUCUCUGUUAAAAUGAUAUUGUGGCUUCUCAUGUUCCACUGGCCUUUUGGAGAACUGAUCCAGCAUGGCAUUUCAAGCACGUGUUCAUGUUACUAUGUGUGUGUUUUGCCGUUUUGCCCUAUAAUAAACGUUAUACCACUUCCUGGUUGACUCGC